UUGGCGCGGUCGCAAAAGCUAGUUCGAACUUGCAAUGCUGCGGGUCUGCCAGCUCUCGGGGGAAGAGAUAGCUCGACUGGACAAGGAAUUUGUCAGAACGCUGCAGGAAAAGAAGUACGGGAACUCUGUGAGAGCUUUGAAGUGGCAUCUGUCAGAGGCAGUUGGUGGUGUCCAUCUACUGCCUGAAGCUGAUUCAUGGGGAGAAUCCUCUGGAAGAUGCUUGCCAGUUACACUCCUUAAUGGACGAUAUGGGAGACAUGGAAAGGAACGUCGAGGUGAUGGACCUGGUGUUAACGAUCCUGGAGUACCAUGCGCCCACGGAGGAUGAGGAGAAGACGUUUCUGUCCGCUGCAGAUGCUGGGAAGACCUUAGAGUUGGAGAGCAUGUUGCAACUUCCUAUGGAUCCCAAUGGCGUCAUUGUGGCACCAAAUCCGGCGGCCGACAACUUGACUGAAGUGGACAUGUCACCUUUGAUUCUGGCAGCGAAUCAUGGGCACCUGGAGGCAGUUGAACUACUGCUGGAUGCAGGUGCAGACAUUGAACACAUGAACUCCUUCGAUGAGACUGCUUUAUGGUUCGCCGCUUGUGGAAACCACAUCGAGGUGCUGCGCCAUUUGAUUUUUCGCGGCGCGGCGCUGAACAGCCGAAAUCGCAACCAGGAGACAGCGCUGAUGGCGGCCAUCCAGCAGGGUCAAGCAGCGGCGGUGGACGCACUGAUCGAAGCAGGGGCCGCUCUGACCCCUCCAACUCUACAUUUCGCGGCUGAGCAUGGCUAUAUUCGCAUGGUGCAGAAGUUGAUUGAAGCCAGAGCCGAGGUCAAUGGACUGGAUCAUCUUGGUCGGACGGCCCUACACACUGCCAGUCAAGAGAAGAGUGUGGACGUUGUGAGUUUAUUGCUGGAGUCCAAUGCCGAUGUAAAUGCUGAAACGCAGGAUGGCGACACUCCCUUGUCACUCGCCUGCGCCCGCACCACAGCUCGGGUGGGCGAGGGUGUCAUGGCCGUCAUCAACGCGGCUAUAUAUCCCGCGGGGCCAAUUGCCAAGAGACUGCGGACGGCGGGCGCCGACUUGGACAAAGCGGCCCUGGCAGCGGGGAGGAGAAUUGUCGAAAGGACACUGAAUGAAUAGAUGUAGGAUGCUGUGGGAUGAUGUAGGAAUGGGUCAAAAUUGGAAAAACCAGAGAUUCUC